CAUCAGCUCCUCCUCAUCAUCCUCAUCCUCGCGCGCUGAGCUUCAGACGGCCACGCGCGCUUUCUCGCACACACACCGCUGGUUUAGCGUGUAUUAUGGAGCGCGGGAGUCUCGUUCUGCUGUUCAUGUGUGUUUGUAGUUGCGUUCCGACAGUUUUCUCUCAGCUGAACGCCGGAUCGAGAGCGGCGGCUCGCGCGCAACAGGCCGGUGCACUGCGCGCGCGGACGCGAUGGACGAAUAACGGGCGCGUGUUUAAUCUGAUGAGCCGCGGGUCCGAGUAUGUGCCGCGGGAACGCGCCGCUCCACCGGAGACCGGGGUCAGGAACGGGAGGAACGCGAGCACGAGCUCCGGUGAUGAAGGGAUGAUGUCCGAUGAUCCGUACGAUCCCUACAAAUCCAUCAGGAACAGUCCCUACAACCCGUACUACAACUACUACGACUCGUACUACCGACCCAGACAGAGGAGCGCGCAGAGGCAUCACGGGUACGGAACCAGAUACUUCCAGAACGGUCUCCCGGAUCUGGUGGUCGACCCCUACAUGAUCCAGGUCUCCACGUACGUCCAGAGAGUGCCGAUGUACAACCUCAGAUGCGCUGCGGAGGAGAACUGCCUGGCGAGUUCGGCAGCAAACGCACGAGACUACGACACCAGGGUUCUGCUGAGGUUCCCCCAGCGCGUGAAGAACCAGGGAACCGCAGACUUCCUUCCCAGCAGGCCGAGACACGCCUGGGAAUGGCACAGCUGCCACAAUCACUAUCACAGCAUGAACGAGUUCUGCCAUUACGACCUGCUGGACUCCAGCACUCAGCACAGGGUCGCCGAGGGCCAUAAAGCCAGCUUCUGUCUGGAGGACACGUCCUGCGACCCCGGGUACUACCGCCGCUACGCCUGCACGUCCCACACACAGGGGUUGAGUCCUGGAUGCUACGACACCUACAGCGCCGACAUCGACUGCCAGUGGAUCGACAUCACAGACGUCCAGCCCGGACGAUACGUCCUCAAGGUUACAGUGAACCCAGGCUUCCAGGUGUCCGAGUCAGACUUCAGCAACAACAUCGUGCGCUGUGACGUCCAGUACACCGGCAGCUCCGCUCACGUGUCCGGCUGCGGCGUGACUCCACACUGAGCGGAUUCUCCCGGACCGGCGAGACCAGCAUCACGGAUC